CCCUAGGCGGGAAGCCUCGGAAUUGCCGCCCGCGGGCGCCCCCCUCCCUUCCCCGCUGGCAGCAUUGUCCCCGGCAGCCUCCUCUCCCUGCCUGUGCGUCAAGCCCAACCUGCCAGCGGGACAAGCUGCAACAACCUCGCCGCCUCCCCACCCUGCCCUGCUGGGCUGCCCCACGGCCCGGGCAGGGCUUUAUAUGCCGCCUGCCUGGCGCGGCGCCGCAGCUUUCGCUUCCAGCUCCCCUGGCUGCAGCCGCCUGGGUCCAGCGUCCAGCCCCCGCCCCUCUCCCGGCCGGGUCCGCUCCGGCUGAGCCGCGGCCCCCCCUGCAGCUGAUCCAGCCCCGCGCAACUGCACCGAUUCAACAAGAUGGCGGGAUCCGUGGUGGAGCGGGAGGCGCUGAAAAUAGAGGACGGGCAUUUAAACAACUCCUUGGGCUCCCCAGUGCAAGCAGAUCUCUAUUUUCCACGGCUGAUCGUCCCAUUUUGUGGACACAUCAGAGGAGGAAUGAGGCCAGGAAAGAAGAUCUUAAUUAUGGGCAUGGUGGAUCUCAACCCCGAGAGCUUUGACAUCAGUCUGACAUGUGGGGAAUCGGAGGAUCCUCGUGCGGAUGUAGCCAUUGAACUGAAAGCUGUAUUUACAGACAAACAGUUCCUCAGAAACUCUUGUGUAUCUGGCGAAUGGGGUGAAGAACAAUCAUCAAUUCCUUACUUUCCAUUUAUUCCAGACCAGCCAUUUAAGGUUGAGAUACUUUGUGAGCACCCACGGUUUAGAAUAUUUGUGGACGGACAUCAGCUUUUUGAUUUUUACCAUCGUGUUGAAACGUUGUCAGCAAUUGACACAAUAAAGAUAAAUGGAGAUCUUCAACUUACUAAGCUUGGCUGACCUGGUGAAACCUGUAGAUUCCCAACUGGCUCAGGUGCCAUCUUCUGUCUGGAAGAUCAGUGACGGCUGCAUUUGGACACAGCUAUUAUAGGCAAGCUUCACUGUUUCUUUCCUGUGUGCAGUAAAGAAUAUGUUGAUGAGUUGAACUGAUAUUUAUCCGAAUGAAGAAAGCUGUUGACUUAUAGACACUGAGCCAUUUUUCUCCAAACAGAAUAGCCCCUCCAUGCAAGAUAAUCAAAUUAGAAUGACAAGUCUGUAAAUCUCUCCAAAUCCGUAAGUUGCAGCAGCUAUUAACCUUCUCACAGAAAGGCAAUUUCUGGAACAAGUGCUAAAACCAGCUAUUGAUCUGUAAUUACAACAAUCCUUUUGCAAAUAUAAUUUCUGCACUGAAGUGGAUUAGUAUAGCACACUAGAAGGCCAAAUGCUAAACCCCUUAUCCAGGGCCUGAUCCUGUCUCGUUUCAAUCCAUGGCAAAACUCCUCUUGACUUCAGUGGGUCGUAACUCAUGAUCAGUCUUUUAGUUGAGCACAGUUCUUACUGAUUUCUGUGACUUUUGUCGAAUAAAGGGGCAGAUCCUCAGCUGAUGUAAAUCAGCAUAGUUCCAUUAACUUCAGUGGAAUUAGGCUGACUUAUGCCAGUGGAGGAGUUGGCCCAAGGUCAUGCAAAAACUGAAUAAGGGCUUCAGGAUUUGGCCUGUAUAUUUUAGCCAGGGUAUUUGCAUAGAAUGUAGAUUGUUACGAGUUUUUGCACAAUAGAAUGGUAUACAGUUCUUGACGCUUACCCAUAGUUUGUUUAUUUAUACUCCUUGCUGUAUGUAAUCUUAGUAAAAAUGAACAAUGUUGCUGACACUUUAAGAACAGCAAAGUAUGUGCAUUUUGAAUGUACAAAUGUCUUGGGUUCUUUGGGUAAUUUAAAAUAUCAUUAUUGAAGCACUAUCUGUGUCUUGCGGAAUGGUCAGUUACAUGCUAUAAUUGUGCCCUCUAGACCCAGAAAGGGAGGGGAUCUUCUCAUGUAUUCACUAUAGAUGUUUGUUUUAGCUAGAAAUGUUAAGUCUGAGCUAAAGCGAUUUUUUUUAACUUAUAUAGAAAGUUUCUAGGUUUAGUAGUGCUUUCUGAAAUUUAGCCUGCAGAAUUUAAUUUUGUUCUGUUCCUGAAAGGCUAGUGCCCAUUAUAAUAAGGGGAAAAUUUUCUGCUCACAUUCAAGAGCAGAAUUUGGUCUUUGAUAUUAAAAUUUAAAAUAGUGUGGACAGCCAAAUCAUUAGCACUUAAAAAUCAGCUAUUGCACAUGAGUAAAUUUUUUUCCAAAUAACUUUUUAAAUAUUAGCUAUAGCUCUCUAAACACUGUAACCUCUCUACACUAUGAAUGAACACAGUAACUUUUCAUAGUUUCUUUAGGACUCAAUACAUUUUUUCUUUGGAUGUAUGCAUAAAUGGACUAGAACAACAAGUCAUUUGGGGAUGUUCUAGUCCGUGUAAUAAACGUUUGACAAUUUUUAAGACAUGUAUUUUAAAAGCUUUUUAGUAGCACAACAUUUUUUUUAAAAAAGGAAGAAAAAUUUCUGAGCUAUGUUAAACUUAUAGUAAAGAUCUUGUUUAAGCCAACCAAAAGUGGAACAUCCAGAGUUAAGGACACAACACUAGUUGUCCAUCAGUUCAUUUUGCCCUCACUUUGAGCUAAUCUGACUCUCGGUCAGGAAGGCAGUGAGCUAAGAUCCCAACUAUGGCCCUGACCCAAAACUUAUUAAAGUCAGUAGGAGUCCUUUUGUUGACUUCAGUGACCAUAGGAUGAGACCCCAUAUGAGCUAAAAACCGAGGUCUGAUUCAUAACUUGCACAAAUGUAAAUGAAAAGUAACUCUGUUAAAGGCUAUGCGUUUACUAGUGCAAGUGAGAUCAGGACUGGGCCCCUAGCCAUAUAGUGCAAGUUGAAGAUGGAGUUUUAGCCUUAACUUUGAAUUUCUGAGAUUCCUAACAAACCUCCCCCCUCCCCCAAUUUAAACCAGAGCCUAAAUGUUAUUUUCAGGGUGACUUUUUUUUUCUUUCUGGUGUGUGACUUUAUAUGUAAAUUGGACUGUGUACUGCAGGUUGAUUCUCGAUAUGAAAUGUUCAUGUCUUGCUUUGUUUUUUAUCAGUUUUACAUGAUACAUAAGUAUUGAAAUGACUGUGUCAUUUUCAAAUGUGUUAAGAAUGCUGGCUGUGGUUCAGUACAAAAAUAUAUUCUUAAAAAUAAAAUCUUAGGAAAAGAAGGUUUUA